AUCAGUAUCGCGUUCUGGGCCAGGGAGCCUGGGAAAUAUACUCGUGUGAUUCCAGGGACCGUGGGGUCGAGAAGGGCGGGGAGAGGAACAAGGCUGCCGGGGUCGUUUCCUGCCGCACCCCUCACACAGCGAGCCUCAGGCCCCGGCGCGGCUCCGCUUCCCAGGGCGUUGACCUCAUCCGCUCCAGCCAGCCCGGUCCUUAUCGCCUGUCGAGCUCCUUGCCCGAGUCAGCCCGCCAAGGAGAACCCCGAAGGGGCCCAUGCUUCACCCCGGGGUUUGGGCUCCGGAGGCGGGAGAGUAGCGCCAUUCUGCAGUACGGAAGCUACGAAACAACACAGGGUGGAACCUCUCCCUGAAAUCUGCUUCCUGCUUCCGGAGAAUUGUCAAGUCUGUUUUUGUUUGGGAAGACGUUACCCGAAAUAGGAUCGAGGAAGAUUUAAAGAGCCAGGCUGAUUGUUUUUCUUAACGCAGGUGUCUGGAGGUGGCUCUGGUCACUGCAGGACCACCAGGGGCUUGGCUUCCUUGUCUCAUCCUCCCCCUGCCUAGUCUCAUUUUCCCACAUCUCCCAAGAGCCAUGUCCUGGGCCACCCUCAUUAACUUUACCCGAGCCACUGACCCCAGUGAUCUCUGGAAAGAUGGGCAGUUGCAGUCACAGCCUGAAGAGCUGAAGCCCACCCUGGAUGGGGCUGCAGCCCGGGCUUUCUACGAAGCCUUGACUGGGGAUGAGAGCAGCACUCGUGAACCCCAGAGGGCUCAGCCUGAGUCUGCCAGUAAGAGAAAGAGGAAGAGACGAAGAAUGAUGAGGGAAGCUGCAGCAGGAGUAUCAGGAGGACAUGGACAAAGGAGCUCCCUUGAGGCAGAGGACAAGAUGACCCACCGGAUACUGAGGGCAGCCCAGGAGGGGGAUGUGGCAAAACUAAAAAGACUGUUGGAUCCCCAUGAGGCAGGGGGAGCUGGGGGGAAUAUCAACGCUCGAGAUGCUUUCUGGUGGACCCCCCUGAUGUGUGCUGCCCGAGCAGGCCAGGGGGCAGCUGUGCGCUAUCUCCUGGGCCGUGGGGCUGCCUGGGUGGGGGUCUGCGAGCUGGGUGGCAGGGAUGCUGCUCAGCUGGCAGAAGAAGCCGGCUUCCCUGAGGUGGCCCGCAUGGUCAGAGAGAGCCCCAGAGAGACGAGGAGUCCAGAGAACCGGUCCCGAUCCCCCUCGCCCAAGUACUGUGAGACUUGUGAUGCCCACUUCCAAGACUCUAAUCACCGUACCUCCACUGCUCACCUGCUGUCAUUGUCCCAGGAUCUCCGGCCCCGCAACCUGCCCCUUGGGGUGCCUACCUCCAGCCCAGGCUUCAAGCUGCUGCUGAGGGGGGGCUGGGAGCCUGGAAUGGGGCUGGGACCCCGGGGCGAGGGUCGUGCCAAUCCCAUCCCCACUGUCCUCAAGAGGGACCAGGAAGGAUUAGGCUACAGAUCAGCACCCCAACCCCGAGUUACACAUUUCCCAGCUCAGGAUACACGGGCAGUGGCUGGGAGGGAGAGAGCCUCUAGGGUGACCACACUGAACUGGAAGGAGGAGAGAAGGCAGGAGGAGAAGGACAGGGCCUGGGAGCAGGAUCUGAGGACAUACAUGAACCUUGAGUUCUGACCUUGGCCAGUUCUGACCCUGGCCUGCUGCUGAAGUCUGAACUUGGGCCCCUGACCUAGGCACUUGGGCUUCUACUUCCUGGGGUCUGCCCAGGUUCCAGACCUUCAGGUUUUGAUCAGUGGGCUCUGCCUUUGGGAGAAAAGAGGCUGAGAGUUGAGAAAUAAAUCAAGCUUUU